GGGAAAAAGUAAAAAUGUCCAGGAUAAAGUAAAAAUGUCCGGGAAAAAGUAAAAAUGUCCGGAACUGAAAUGCUGAAUCUCGGACAAUAUUCAAGUAUAGUCCACUACAUUAGGUUUGAUGAACGAGAUGUUCCAUUAAACUGUAUAUUCGACCUAGAACCUAGAAGAAUAGAAGCUGGAGGAUCAGGUAGUGUGCUGGGACGAGAGAGGACCAAGUACUACCGAAGGCCUGCUGGAUGCGGUCAACUCCCCUCCCUCCCUGUGAUCAGGUAUGCCGAUGAUGUACACCAAGGCCCUGAUGUUCAUAUUGCUGAGUAUCUAUCUCAGAGGGAUAGUUAUAUCAACCCCAGGUCCCAGUCUCAGUGCUCUAUAGCAACUCAGACAGAUUAUAGAGAAUCUGAAUCCCAAACACUUCCCGUAUCCCCGGAAACCCGGGUUGGUCCGUAUCCACAAUAUCCUCAAACCGUGAAUACACAAUCAGAUCUGGACUAUGUACAGCGGGUUAGAUCUCUACAAGAAACAGAUGAGAAUGUGGAAGGAUAUCUAGAGGAGAAGGUUCUGCUUGGUGUGGAGGGAGAAGAGAGGUUCUUCAAGGAAUCCAGGUCUAUCAGAGAACAGGAGAUGGAUGGGUUUAUCAAGGGGUGGAACCGAUUAUCCAAUGCAAGGUUAGAGGAGAAACUUUCCAGGUUGUGGACCUCCAAACAACUAGAAAAUGAGAGAAAAUUCUCCAAGAUGAGAAAGGUUCAUGAGAAGGAAGUAAGACAGUUAGAAAAAAUGAGUGAGAAUCAAGGAGAAGGGACAAAACGUCAGCUUGAUCCUAGAGUACUGUUAAAAUAUGAAUACGCCUCAGCUCCAACCAAAGCAAAACAGAUUGGACACAUUCUUGGAGGGUUGACCAGUAGCUAUCUUGAUACAUUCGAGGGAUUGGAUGAAAUAGAAAAAAUCAUUGGAGCCAGAAAAUCCAGUCAUGCCAGUUUUGACAAGAUAGAAAAGAAAACAGACCAAAAUGCGGAAAAGAGUUUAAAAAUAAAAUCCAACAGAAAAAAUCAACCUGCAACCUCAAUACUGGAAGAUUUUAAGAUUGCUGUCAGACCUCAAACCCCUACUAUUGAUGAAGAUACUGAUACAGAUGUGUUCCAAGCAGCUCUUAUAAUACAGAAAACUGUCCGAGGGAGAGCUGAUCAGAUCAGAAUGCAGAGAGAAUUAAAACUAAACCAGGAUCUUAUCCAGGAACUUAGAGAGCAAUAUCCCAUAACACCAGGGGAGCAAUCUAAAGGGUCUACACAGAGAUCAGAAAACCAGGAUGAACAGCUCCAGGCUGAAGAUAGGAUUGAAGAGUUCUUGUCCAGAAUAGAGUCAGAUACCCUGGGUAAAAUGAUAGACUACCUUAGUUUUGAACUGACUCAUAGUGUGAUAACUCCAAGAGCUCAGGAUAUCCUUGAACUGGACAAUAUGGAGAGGGAUAAAAGACGGGAGGAGAAGCAGAACCAGUUGUAUUCUCAGAUCCUUCAGGUCACACGAUCAACGGUCAACUUAUACCUGGACCAACUUCUUCUCUCUACAGUGUAUAAGGCAGGAGACAUAUCUUAA